CAACCCACGUGAUGUGUUCGUGCCUUAAAAUGUUUCGAAGUUUUCAAGUCUCUACUCACUGAAACAUUUAGUUUAAAACUUCACAAACUACAUGACGUCAUAUGUCACCGGAACCAGUGAACCACAUCAAUCAUGUCACGUGAUCAAAGAGUCGUCUGCUACACAGAUCAAAAUGGCGGCAGAGCGGUGGUGAAGAGUGUGGAGCGACACAGAGCAGCUUGCAAAUUAGGAUCCCGUUGUCUUAUUUUUGGCAUAUCUUUUCCUGGCUUUGCUUGGCUCGUGUCAGGUUUCCAAGUGUAGUUGCAUCUCGCAAGCGAUGCAUGUGGGCCUUGACACAAGCAUCUAAAGUGAGGAAGCGGAGUGAAAUGGAGUUAAGGCUGUAUAUUACGGACUCUCCGUCACCUGAAUAGCAAUUACUGGUCUUUUACACCAGUGGUGCCGAUUUCCUCUUCUUGAUUGUUUAAUCAAUGAUGCAUGUGAGACUCAUACAAACCGUGAGUAUAUGGGUGCAGUGUUGUCGGAGCCAUCUCUUCCCCGUUUCCGGAUUACAACUUCCUAGGCCUUUUUCAUUAAGCAACAACUAUACAUGACUUUGGGACGCGGCUUAACAGAUGUACGAUGUUUUAUGUUCACACUACCGCUGUAACCAUUUGCAUUCUUCACGCAAUGAAGAAUAUAUCAACCACUUAACAUAUGUUUCAAGUGAUCAGUUCUUAGGUCUUGGAUUCUGUGUGCCGCUUUGAUUUUUCAAAUGACGUGAGAUGUAAUUGAAAUCAUUACUGACUCAAUAAUCGUUGAACAGUUGUGAGGAAUAGUUCUACACUGUUUCAAGGUUGCAUCAAAAGUGUCAAUCCAUUGACGAAACUGUGACCAGAAGAUCAAUCCUUUGAGUUGAUCGGCAUAUGUCAGUUGUUUGAGCUGUCUCAGGAGUCUAUAGGAUAGCACCCGCGCCCAAACAUCUCCCAAACACACCAUCACAGAUAAGUAUUGAGAAAACAGAAGAGUUUAGCGUAUGCGGAAUAUUUUGGAAGCACUUAUCUAAAGGUAGAAGGCCCUUGGAACAAGGCCAAGGAUGUUGAUGGAUUCGUACUCUUCUUGUUGAAAUUUGCAUUUGAUACUUCAAUCCAUGCUGGACGUGCAUUAAGAGCUGAACACGACGACAUCAAGAUUUCAAGGAUUAAAGAUAGUACUCAAAACCUUGGUGAUGUGAAAAUGUCACUGGGAACGGGAAUACCUUGACGACGAAACGAAUAAUAUUCCAUUUAUCUGUGAAUAAGUGUAUAUUCAUUAUAUGGAUACCAGGGAUACAGGCUUUUUAUUCGACGUUGACAUUCGGAUUUGUCCUUGAGCGGAAACUCGAAUCAAAGCUGGCGACCAUUGUGCAACGACACUAUAAGUCAGACGGUCACGUGACAUCUCCUGACAUCCAAAUCGCCCGUGUAUGUACGGCGUUGUACUUAGUAAGCACAGUCAUGGCAAGUGUUGCCUAUAACUUUAUGACAGUGGAUUCAAACGCCCACCACCGUCGAUACAGCAACGCCGGCCGUGACACCGGCGUGAGCGUCGACGUUUUAAGUGAGACGUCAUCAAUUCCAAGGUCUGCCAAGAAACGAGGCCGUAAGAAGUCUUCUGCUUCUGUUGUUCAGUCCAACCACAAAAAGUUCUACGGUUUCUGCAGUUGUUGCCAAAAUCGUCCCCUCACAUGUUGUGUCAAGGUGAAAGUACAAGUGUGCGUGCAGUUCUUUAAAGUCGGCGAGAUCGACACGCUGAAGGAACAGUACACAGCUGACGUCAUCGUGCGGGCAAGAUGGCGGGAGCCCAGUUUGGAUGGACAAAUUCAGUCGGCAGGAGACAUCCAGGACUUUCAGAAGUACUGGAACCCCAAACUGUACAUCGAAAACACGAUAGGAGACCCUAAGGAGAUCUUGCGUCACCGCCUUACGUUCAACAACAGGGGGGAAUGCUUUGUGUCGGAGAAAAGAAUCAUAAAGGGGACGUUCAUGGAGAACCUGGAACUCGAUAACUUUCCAUUUGAUGUACAGGAUUUGACUGUUACUGUGGCUUCUGAGUUUCCCUCCUACGAGGUGGAGAUUGUUGAGGAUUCUGAGAACAGACAUAUGGUGAAUAGACAAAGCUUCGUGGACGAGCAAGAGUGGCAUCUAUAUGUACACACGGAGUGUGAGAAGAAAGCCAUUGUCAUUGACCAAGCGGACAAUAGUGUUAAGAGAUCGGCAGUUUCCGUCAAGUGCCGAGCAGCGAGAAGGCCCGGUUACUUUGUAUGGAAUAUAUUCAUGGUGACGUUCCUCAUCUGCAGUCUGGCAUUCGCCACGUUCAGUGUAGAGAAGGAUUUACCCCAGAACCGGCUUCAGCUCUCCUUCACGCUUGUCCUCACUGCCGUUGCCUUCAAGUCGGUCGUCAACCAGAGUCUACCGAGGAUAUCCUACCUUACCUAUAUGGAUAAAUAUUUACUAACGUCAAUGGUGAUGCUGUCGACGGUGUGUGCGUGGCACGGCAUUGUGACGACGUUGCUGAAGGACCGCGAGCACGCCGACAAGGUGGAGGUUAUAGUCCUGUCUGUACUCGUAGCCCUGUACAUCCUCUACAACGCCGGAUUCAUGCUGGCAAUAUAUAUAGUACCUUACAAGAAACGACGAAUAAUGGCCCAGAAAGAUAGGGAGUAUAAAAUACUCCAUAAGUCUCCGUAAGUGAAGGAAUCCCACAGAAAUCUGCGAAACACGGAAAAUGGGAAGGUUGGCAAAAUAGAGUGAAGUCAAAAUACUAACAUCUACAUGCCUCUACCCGAGUUCCUCAAUUCUUAACAAGAACUGAAGAUGACCUUACCGAAAACGUUCCCGAAGCGUUCUAGAAACGGUACAGCUGACCUUCGCAUGACCUGUAAGUCUCUACUCCUGCUCAGCAGAGGGUCACAGUAGGUCAAGUCAGAGAACAAGGUUGCAGAAAAAGGUCGAAUUAUGAAGACCAAGGUCAUCAAACGCCAUUGAACAGUCGGCAUGUCCUUCGCAGAUGUCGGACUUGCACAGAGAUCCGCAACCUAGUCAAGCGCAAGAUUUGGACAACGUGCCCGACGAAUCACUCGUGUCUGAAAUCUACUCUGUGAAUACCACUCUUUGUGAACUUCCCACAGUGAAAAGACUCCUCCUUGACAAUGUCAGAGGUUGUCCAGACACAUCCGGCAUCUGGAGGACACACACGUAACACAGGUGCUCCGGAGGAUGAAACUCUUCUAGGCAUCCACUUCGAACGCUGAUGCCACUAUCUACUAUCCAUCUUCAGUAUAAGACACGGUAGGACCAUCACCGCCAUGUUUAUCUAGUAGAGGUUCGUCCUUCAAGCACACAAGCCAACCCCUAUUCCGUGUUGGGAAAGCGAGGGCCACGGGACUCUCCUGUCCCAAAGACAACAUCAUCCUUUAUAGUUACUGUACACAGUCCUGCCCCUCGAUGCUCACCUGUACACCGGGGCGCGAGAUCCCUUCUCUCCUGAAGCUUACUAUGAUGUGCACAUGUGCACGUUGAUGGAGACAUUUGUUAUUAAUAAGACACGAGAGAUGUAUUAUACUAUCAGAACACCGACUCGACUCAAGGGAGUUUGUCCAUAUAUGCACCUAGAACUUUGCACCUGAUGAUAUACAGUGUAACAACUUGUGAUAUAUCCACCACAAGCAAUAAUUUCACAUAAUACGAUUUGCACCAACAUAUAUUUCAUACCUCUUGUCUCGAAUAGUCAUGAUAAUAUAGAGAAAAACUAGAUUUGGUGUAGAUGUAUGUUUAAACUACUCAUCAAAAGACAGGUUGUUAGCUUUACGAUUGACAUUUCAUCUCGAGUUCCAUACCUUACAACUCGCCACCUAUCGGCAAACAGAGGAAGAAUCUGUGUACCAUUCCGAAAAAAACCGAUCUCCGCGCUACGACUGACGUAAAUCUAUGUUUAAGAAUUGGAGUUAUGACAGUCUUAGAACUAAGAUCGCUUUGUGGAACUGGGCCCAGGUCUUAAGUGUGUUUCGUGUAUAUCGUUGUUGAUUUCAGCGAAAACUCCUUAACUCGAACUUCUUUAACUCGAAAUUUAUUACCUCGACAUGUCGCUGAAGACGAUAUCAUUACGAUAUGUCGAAUAAGAUUAUUUGUUUAUAUGAACUUGUUAGGUGCAUCAAGUUACAUAGGUUCAACCCCACUGUUCCGGAGUAUCAAUAUUGAUAGAACAGCGACUCAUUGAAUGCACACACUGUUUAAAUAAUGAACAAGAUAGAUUCGGUUACAAAAGCAAGGCAAAUGGUAUGCGCCUGUCAAGUCAAAUAUCGGUACUGCUUGUCUCGAAAUCCGUCUGAUUGUAUGGAUUUCCAAAGAUUUCGAGUUAAUGAGAUUUCAUGUAUUUCUGUGUUACAUCACCGAUAAUUCCUUCAAUUUAUGUUUUGUGUACUGUCACAACCAAAGUAAAUAAUAGAUUGGCUCAUUAUAUAUACACUCAGUAAACAAUCUUGAAUGUUGAUAUAUAACUAUUCCUCUUCAGAUGUUGUGAAAUGUUAUCCGGUACGGGCAAUUAGACUUCCCGUGUAAUAUUGUCAGUACAAACGCUGCUCAAACGUAUUGGUCUAAUCUGACUCAUAUAACAACACAAAACGUCUAUUGGAAUAAAUGGUAGUACGCUUUAACUUUUUAGUGAUACGCCCAGACAAAGAUACAGUACGUCUUUGUAAGCAGCGCGUAUUCUUAAUGUAGUGAAACCUAUCCUCGCUUAUCCAGUGUACCACAUCUUCAUUUUAUAUUAUGAGAUAUUGAUCAUAAUUGAAUGGAUAUAUAAUGCACUGAAUAAUCGAGGAUGGGUCAAACCACUGGGGAUGUUGUUUGAGACAUGUGAUUGUAUAGGUUAGGAAGAAUCCUUAUUUGCUGAAUCAUCUAAUAUCGACACACCUCUUGUCUCGAACUAGUCUGCCGUCAAAAGAAAGUACACAUUUGAAAACUGGAUCUGACCAACAAAAACACAAACGUUACUAGACUGAAAACAGUCGCCGAAACACUGCAAACUUAAGGUCCAAAACACUACUAUGGUACCCGUAUCAAAUACAUCACCAUCGAAUAACCAUUUUUUUUUUUUUUUUCAUUUUAGCCACCAUCAAUAAUGAGUGAAUACUUUCUUUAUAUAAUAAUUCCUCGAUAUAUUUCGGUUGUUUCAAGGGCUUCGAGUUACCACGGUUUUUAAAUACUGUCUCUCAUACUUAGUCUUCUCAUUAUUAAGACCCAAAGCCCCGUUAUACGAAACUAUAGUAGUUCUCCCAACUGCUGAUAUCUAUGUGAAAAGCAUGACAUUUUAGUUAACUUUCAGUUUAAUUCCAAAGUUACAUGAGGCAGCAAUUUCUAAUCGUUCCUAACAUAAACUUUGCACUUGCGAAAUGCAAGUUUGAGGAUUUCAUGACGGAAAGGAAAUCAAACCCCCAAAAAGCGAACAAAACAAUUUAUGUGCUAAAAGAUACAAGUACCCAAUCGUGGACCGGGCAUAUGCCAUUCAUUGAGAAUUCCUUCAUUUCACUGAAAGGUAGUUGUUGUAACACGUACGAAAGUGGAAUUGUGUACACAAUGGAGGUAAAUAUUUAUCAAAAUUGAAACCUUUGAAACCUUAAAGGAUCCUUCUGAAGUUGCCUCUUUCAGACAUGCCAGGAUCCACUGGUAAUUAGGCGGAGACUGUCAGCAUCAUUCUCAUCCCGUGCUCAGGGGUGACACCACUCUAGUACACGUCUACGAUGAAGCUGACACGGCAUGGUUUGACUGAGAUGCUUUUGGACCAUCUUUUUCACACACCCUUUCCACUUGAGAUACCGAGAUUUCACUUUGCCUGUAGUCAUACUAGGUACCAAUCGCCUUAGCUGGCAACAUCUUUUGCUGUGAAUAAACAUCUACCCGUCCUUAAAGGUGGUCUUGUCACCACCAACAAUGGUUUAACCACAAUGUUUUCAAAAAACACUUUUUCUUAAAAAGUUGAUGAUCAGAGAUUAACUAAACUAGGCACUAAUGGUUGUUCUUACUUUUUUAAAUCAUUGGAGCACCAUUUGGUUUGUCUGCUAUAUUUAUGAUGUCAGUUAAUGAGACAACAGAAGCCUCCGUGAAAUUAGGCACCAGAACCACAAUCGGGCAUUAAUUCAUCAACCACAAUUACCGUGUUUUACACACUAUUGAUACUAGCUAAACUAUGGAAUAAACACUGGAGGAAAGCAUUAAAAUAUGGCGACAAGACCAUCUUUAUUCAAACCAUCAUCAAUUUGCGUGUGCGAAAUGAGCAAUAACUGGAACUGGAACUGGAACUACUAUCUCCAAUAGUCAUCAUGAUAUUAGAAACAAUUCAUUUGUAUGAGUUUCCAUUACAAUUGAUCCUGUUGUGUAUUAUAAAAUGCCCCAGUCUCUUUAACCUCUACUUCUUUAGUUUGAUUUACCUUAACCCUGUCUUAGAGGGGAGUGAAUAGUUUCUAUCUGAACACUGCUCAAUGCAUGACAGAAUGACGUUAUCUGUCAAAUACCGUUGUUUUAGAGGAGGAUGCAAAGAUGCUAUCUUGACAAAUAAAGUCCUCAUCAUGUU